UGGCGCUGGGCCCGGCCGCUCGCAUCGAAGCGGUGGGCGCUUUUGCGAAAAACACCCUCCCGUCCACGCCAUCCAGGCAUAAACAACAACUCGGGACUCUCUCCACGCCGCCGCCUCCUCCUCCGACGACGACUCCGGCGAAUCCCUCUCCAACCCGCGGCGCCACGGGAGUCCGAGAUUUCCCGCAAGCGUCAUGUUGGCGGCGCGUGUGAACCUCAAGGGCUGGCAGCAGGUGGCUGUUGCAGUCGGUUCGGCGUUCGGGGCCUUGCUUGAUCCGAAGAGAGCUGAUCUGAUUGCUGCGCUUGGGGAGACCACCGGGAAGCCAGCGUUCGAGCGUGUGCUCCAGCGCAUGAAGAACAGCGCCGAAGGCAGGGAAAUUCUUUUGGAGCGUCCUCGGGUUAUAUCCACUCGGGUUUCACACGCCUGGGACAUGCCUGAGAACACGUUUGGUGCUGCCUAUGCUCAGUUCAUGGGAUCAAGGAACUUCUCGCCGGACGACCGCCCACCAGUUCGCUUCAUGGAGACCGACGACCUCGCCUUCGUCGCGACCCGUGCCCGUGAGGUGCACGACUUCUGGCACGUGCUGUUCGGCCUCCCGACCAACCUGAUCGGCGAGACUGCUCUCAAGGUGAUCGAGUUCGAGCAGAUGUUCCUCCCGAUGUGCAUGCUCUCUGUCGUCGGGGGCUCCGCGAGGUUCAGCGAGAAGCAGAGGAGGCUGUUCUUCCAGCACUAUUUCCCAUGGGCGACCAAGGCAGGUGUCAAGGCUACUGAUCUGAUGUCCGUGUACUAUGAGAAGCACUUCCAUGAAGAUCUGGAGGAGGUGAGGAGGAACUGGGGGAUCGUGACAUGCCCGGAUCCCAAGGCGACGAGCAGUGCUUAGACUUUAGGCCAGUGCAUUUUUGCAUAAAAACGUCUGUAUCUUUGGUUUUUCAGCCUUGCUUGUUGUCAGUUUCUCUUUGUGAGAAUGAUACCAUGAAUCGUGCUGCUGAUAUGUUAACAAGUAAAUAGGGUAUGGUAUCUGUUGGAUGUUGCUUCGUAAGGUAAUAUGUAAUGUUGACCACAAACUACUUAUAUGAUAUAUCUUCUCGGUUUAA